CAAACAAUACAACAUUGUUUCAUUUUAUCAAGUGCAAAAUGAAUUGUGUUAAGGGGAAGCGUAAGAACAAAAUAGGUAACAAAACACUAGGAGGAAAGAAAAAGCAGGAUAAACAAGAAGACGUACGUCAGUCACGAAAAAAAAAUAAGAAUGAAUUGAAUGACGGCUUCAAUGAAACUGAAAAAGAGCAAUCAUUUCUUUUAACUAAUAACGACAUGUUAGAACAAAUGUUCCAGAUAAACAAAGAAAUGGAUUUGGGACGUAUUCCCGCUACUCUAAAAAAAGCAGAAAUAGAUUCAACAGACAAUUCGAUCCCUUUGACAGAAGAGCAGAAAGCUUUUUUUGACUCACCUAUGGUGAAACAUGGUAUACAUCCUGCCUAUAUUCUAGGUAUGCGCUCUCUUCCGCCGUAUGUACAAAAAAUAGUUUCGGAGGAAUCUUCAAGAACUCCAUCUGUUGAUUCAAUCAAAAUGACCGCUAAAAAACUCUUUAAUCCUUUAUUUCCCGAUACGAACAAGGAUACAUUAUUCGAGGGGAGAAGAGAUGAACAAUCGUAUAAAUUACCGACGGACUUUCAUGAGCCGUGUAACAGUAAAAAAUGGACGAAUAGCUGGCCAUACGUUCCACGUUACACAAGUCCUGGAUACGCUUUUAAAGGCGCUACGUUUAGUCAUCCAAAUUGUGAAAACGUAUCAAAAAGACCUCAACCGUGGCAUCUUCUUAACGAUAUCCAAUCUCUUGCCUCGAACACCUUCUUAAGUUGUUGGACAUGGUAACCUAGCAAGUCUUCCCAAAUGCACGUGUUACCACAGCCAGUAAAUUCCUGCUAUACUAUCCUAACACGUUACUACUGCUGAGUCGAUAUUAACAUAUCUACAUUAUCAUUUUUUUGAAAAGAAAUGAUUUUAUUUAAUUUUUAAUUUUAACAUUACUUUAUUUUUUUUGCUUGUUCUUUAUUUUGAUACCAUUGUAUAUUAUC